AUGCAUGUGCGUGCACUCGUGGAGCUUAUAGAGGGGAUAACAGGCGCCAGAGAAGAGAAGCUGGAUCUACACCAGUUGGUGUACAGAAAUGCACCCAACAUAGGAGCCAUACCCUGUGAGGUCCGACUGGAAUGUCCUCUCAACCGCACCCCACCCAUAUGGACCAUGGUGCAUGUAGGGGGGGCCAUGAGGGGGGCGGGGGCGGAUCAGCUGGCAUCUCUAGUACGCAGCAUAGUGCGCCUCAUCCGCCGAGGCUCUGCUUUCGACUUCGCCCAUCGCUCUCACGCCAUGAGGCUCGAAGCCUUUGCUCCGCUGCGCCUUUCACCCCCCGUCCCCUCCGUCCUCUCCAUCCCCUCCAUCCCCUCCGUCCCCUCCUCCCCCAUUCAAUCCCCCACAGCUCAUCCGCCGAGGCUCUGCUUUCGACUUCGCCCAUCGCUCUCACGCCAUGAGGCUCGAAGCCUUUGCUCCGCUGCGCCUGCCAAGGCAGCAUGCAGUGAGCGACGCGCAGCCGCUGCCCUCGCUGGCCGGGCUGCAUGUGGUGGAGCCGCUGCUGUCUCUGCCCGGGCUGCAACUGGUGGAGGUCACAGCUGCUGCCCCCUUUUUUCAUCAACUCUCCCACUUGGGGCACUUUGGUCCACUUUUUUCAUCCCCUCUCCCAAGUCGACUAAAAAAAAGCUGCCCACUUUGCUCCCCUCUCCCACAGGUGGUAUCUCACUUCCGUCUGUCUUUCAAUCCCUCCCACCUGCUGCCAUGAUGCCAUCUCUGCUGGCCUCUCACCCGCUGCUGCUUCGACUGCUGGCCUCCCACCCGCUGCUGCUUCGUCUGCUGGCCUCUCACUUCCUCUCACCCACCCCAUUGCCCAUGCCUUUUCCCAUUUCCCUUCUCUCCCCCUUGCAAUUCCCCUCUUGCAUCAGAUUGGUUCGUCUAUCCAAGCCCACCAUCUCAGCUGGCCUCUCACCGGCUGCUGCUUCAACUGCUGCUGCUGUUUGCCCUGCCUAG